GACCAAGGAUCUGGCAGCUCUGGCUUUGACCUACCAGGCAUUCUCCUGGGGGGGCUUUUGGGGAUCCAGAUGUGCCCCCUAUAUAUGUUCUAGCUUCUCUUUGCACCCCUUAAGUAACCCCCCCCAACCUUGACUCUAUGGCAUUUUCUCCUCCCCUCGAUUUGCCUUUCAGACUCCCCUCACCUGCUGCCCCUUUUUUCCAGAGGUGGGACCGAGAACAGGGGGGUCCCCCUGUCUCUGUGUUGGGAGGAAAGGCUGGAUUUUGAGGGCCCAGCCCCCCUGCCCCGCUUUGGCUGUUUCUGAGCAGGGUUUGAGUUCCCUUCCUGUUAAUUAGAUUCAUUCCCCCCCUCCAUUUUUAGGGUUCACACCCUGGUGUUUGAGCUAUUUUUCAGGUGGGUUUUGAACCUGUCCACAUAUCUCCCCCCCCUUAAUUAUAAGACUGAGGGAUUGUUUCUUUGCUUCCCAGCCGGAUUUCAACCUGCUUCAUGCAUCAAAAACCCAGAUCCUUCCCCCUCCUUCUGUUAAUUCAAAGGAGUGGGGUGGGUUUUUAGGGUUCACACACCCCCAGUUUUCUUUUGCUGGUUUGCCUGUCUGCAGGCAGGUUUGAAGCCGGGCGUGGCCGGCCCCUUGAAUUUUCCAUUGUAUUGGUGUCCUUUUGGGGCUGCUAUGGGGAGAAUUUAAGGCCGGAGGAAGACUAGCUGGGUGACCGGGCCCCCCUGCCAUGUCCACCGAGAGCUCCCCCCUCCUGAGUUACCGGCUCUUCAGCGUGGUGGAUGAGGGGGAGAUGCCAGGGACCCAGGCCCAGGAGGAGACCCCUCUGGUGGGGGGGGACAUGGGGGUCGCCGUGGGCCCCCCGCACCCCGAUCCGGCCCGACGGCUCUCCACUUUCUUCGGCGUCGUGGUGCCCACGGUCCUGUCGAUGUUUAGCAUCGUUGUCUUCAUGCGUGUGGGAUUCGUGGUGGGGCACGCCGGGUUCCUGCAGUCGCUGCUCAUGCUGGUGGUGGCGUACGUCAUCAUCCUGCUGACGGUCCUGUCCAUCUGCGCCAUCUGUACCAAUGGCGCCAUCCAGGGGGGCGGGGCCUACUUCAUGAUCUCGCGGACUCUGGGCCCCGAGUUCGGAGGCAGCAUCGGGCUCAUGUUCUACCUGGCCAACGUCUGCGCCUGCGGGGUCUACAUCCUGGGGCUGGUGGAGGCCGUGCUGGACGUCUUUGGGGCAGAGGGAACAGACCCCCCUGGUGCCCGUGUCCUGCCCCAGGGGUAUUUCUACAGCUUCCUCUACGGGUCGGUGGUGCUGCUGCUCUGCCUGCUCGUCUGCCUGGUGGGGGCCCGGAUCUACGCCCGGGCGGCCUUCCUCAUCUUCCUGGUGGUCAACCUGGUGCUGGUGGCCAUUUUCGUCAGCUUCGUGGCCGUGGGGCCCCGCCAGGUCCCCGUCGCCCGAGAUGCCAACCACACCUUCAACACCAGUUUCACCGGCUUCCGCCUGGCCACCCUGCGGGCCAACCUGCCCGCCAUGUACUCCCGUGAUUACACCACCAACAACCUCAUGACGUUCGCCACCGUCUUCGCCGUCAUGUUCAAUGGCUGCACCGGCAUCAUGGCCGGGUCCAACAUGUCGGGGGAGCUGAGGAAUGCCAGCAGCUCCAUCCCCAAGGGCACCAUCAUCGCUGUGGUUUACACCUUCAUCAUCUACUUCCUCCUCUUCCUCAUGACCAGCUUCACCUGUGAGAGGACACUGCUGAAGGAAGACUACGGCUUCUUCCGUUCCAUCAACCUGUGGCCGCCCCUGGUGCUGGUCGGGGUUUACGCCGCCUCCCUCUCAGCCUCCAUGAGCUCCCUCAUCGGGGCCUCCCGCAUCCUGCACGCGCUGGCCAAGGAUGACCUGUUCGGCAUCAUCCUGGCUCCGGCCAAAAUCAUCUCCAAAGGGGGUAACCCCUGGGUGGCCGUUCUGUACACCUGGGCCCUGGUGCAGCUGGUGCUGUUUGCGGGGAAGCUGAACACCAUCGCUGGGAUCGUCACUGUCUUUUACCUGGUGGCCUAUGCGGCCGUGGACCUGGCCUGCCUGGCGCUGGAGUGGGCGUCUGCCCCCAAUUUCCGCCCCACCUUCCAGCUGUUCAGCUGGCACACCUGCCUGCUGGGCAUCGCCAGCUGCGUGCUCAUGAUGUUCCUCAUCAGCCCCGCGGGCGCCUCGGGCAGCCUGGUGCUGAUGCUGGCGCUGCUCGGCUUUAUUCACCUGCGGGCGCCCGCCAGCUCCUGGGGCUACAUCAGCCAGGCCCUCAUCUUCCACCAGGUGCGAAAGUAUCUGCUGCUCCUGGACGUGCGCAAGGAGCACGUGAAGUUCUGGCGCCCCCAGAUGCUGCUGAUGGUGGCGAACCCCCGGAGCGGGGCCCAGCUCAUCCGCUUUGUCAACGACCUCAAGAAGGGGGGGCUCUUCGUGCUGGGCCACGUGGAGAUCGGCGAGCUGGACACGAUGCCCUCCGACCCCAUCCAAGCUCACUACAAUUUCUGGCUCAGCCUGGUGGAUAAACUCAACGUGAAGGCGUUCGUGGAUCUGACCCUCUCGCCUUCAGUCCGACAGGGGACCCAGCACCUGCUGCGCAUCACGGGGCUCGGCGGCAUGAAGCCGAACACGCUGGUGCUGGGUUUCUACGAUGCCUUCGUCCCCGACGACUACUUCCUCCGCGACCCAGCCUUCAGCCAGGCCCGGGAGAACGACCACUUCGGGGUGGACCUGCCGGCCCUCCAGGCCCACUUCCCCCCAGUGCGUGGGGCCGGCGUCCCCAAAGCCCUGCCGGCCGCCGAGUACGUCGCCAUCGUCUCGGACGCCGUAAAGAUGCACAAGAACGUCUGCCUGGCCCGCUACUUCCCGCUGCUGGACAAGGAGCGGCUCUUCUCCUCCAAGGCCGAGGGCUGCUUCGUGGACGUGUGGCCCCUCAAUCUCCUGCGCCCCGACACCCCGGCCUACGUGGACGUCUGUAGCCUCUUCCUGCUCCAGCUGGCCUGCAUCCUCACCAUGGUCAGCUCCUGGCGGGCCGCCUGUCUCCGGCUGUUCCUCUGCGUGGAGUCGGGCGACCGGGGCUGGGUGGCCAAGGAGGAGAAACUCAAGGAGCUGCUGAGCAAGCUACGCAUCAAAGCGGCCAUCCGGGCGGUCACCUGGGACCACGUGGUGGCCCUCCACGGCCAGCGGCUGGCGGCCGGCGAGCCCUUCCUCAACUCGGCCGCCCGCCAGGUGACGGACGAGUACCUGGCGGCCGUCAACACCUUGGUGCUGCAGCAAGGGGGCCAGGUGGCCGUGAGGUUCCUCUACUUGCCCCGGCCGCCGGCCGACACCUCCAUGUACGAGCGGUACCUGGAGCAGCUGGAGAUCCUCACCCGGGACUUGGGGCCCACCCUGCUGGUGCACGGCCUCACGCCCGUCACCUGCACCGAGCUCUGAGGGGGGUCCCCCCUGUGCCCCGGCCGUGCCGGAGGAGGACAGUGGGGUAGGACCUUAGAGAUGUUCUCCAGCUCCCGGCGAGGGCCUGGGGAACUCCUGGAGACCGUGCCGGGCUGUGACUUCCUGCCUCCGAGGGAGUAGGGCGCGUGGCCAGGAUCUGGGGGACCCACGUCCCAUGGGAUUAGCUAUGGGGGGGGCCUGGCUUUAGAGCCCUCAAAUCCUAGUGCCUGUAAUGAGCAGGGGAGGAGAGACUCCCCCAAACUGAGGCUGCAGGAUGGGGGGGUCGACCCCACAAUUGGCUCCCUUUUCCCCUCAUUCAGCUUGCGCUGUACCUCAUUAUCUGCACCCCCACAUUCCUUCACUGCUUCAUAAGGGGUCUCCAUUUUCCCCAGAUACCCCUAAAUCAAUGUACCCCACAUUCCUUCACUGCUUAGGGGUUGCCAUUUUUCCCAGGUGCCCCCACCGUGUCAAUCUCCUCCUAUCACUGCUUGGGAGGGAGUCCCCUUUUUUGCCCAUGGGCCCCCAAUCACUGUAUCCCCUAAUCUUCCUCAGCACCCCUCUUUCAGGGCUUAGUGGGGGGUUCCCCAUUUUUUCCAGGCACCUCCAGAUCACUGCAACCUGAAUUCUCCAUCUCUACCACCUGCUGCUCCUGCACCCCCAAAAAAAACCUUCUUGGGGGUUUUGCCUCUUCUGCAUUCCCUGCUCUCUCUUCCAAGGAGGCCCCAGGCCUCCCAAAGCCUGUUGCCUUAGGUCUGUGCCCCCCACAACCUUACAGCUCUGGGGUCCCCCCACCUUGUCUGUGGGGUGGGGGGGGUGUCUAGCACCCUAAAUAUUGAGUAUCCUACUCCAGCAGGCCACAAAGUGGUGCCCUUAAAUAACCCAGCUGGGAUUAACCCCUAGGGGGGAGAAGCAGCAGGGUCCCCUACAGCUGGACCCCCCAAACCAGCCCCCCCCCCACAGGCAGCUUAUUUAUGCUACUGGGACUAUUUUUUUGGUUAAUGUUCUCGCGCGGAUACCUCAUGUAACACAACUGACCAGCGCCCCCUGGAGGAGGGGGUAAUAACACCGGAAGCUAAGGGGGGGGGGUUUAUAUAGACAUGUAUUUUAAUGAGCGUGCUCAAUAAAUGGACGAUGCAGAA